AUGGAUGCUCAUGUUAGACGGACUCCCGAGCAAGUAGUCAAUGAGAGGCAUAAUAGUAGUUCUACUCAGACUACUAUAGAGAACCGUUUUAGGACACCAGAACAAAAAGCUAGAGUUGAUUAUCACAUUGCUAAGUGGUUGUAUCAGCAAGGUAUCCCAUUCAAUGCUAUUAAGGCAAGGACCUUUGAGGUGAUGUGCGAGUCUAUUGCACAAUAUGGUUCUGGAUAUAUUCCACCUUCAUAUCAUCAAGUGAGAGUGCCAUUGUUAAGAAAUGCUGUGAAUGAAACUGCAGAGAUGAAGAAAAAAUAUGAAGAGUAUUGGAAGCAGUAUGGGUGCACUCUUAUGUCUGAUGGAUGGACGGAUAAACGGGGAAGGCACUUAAUUAAUUUUCUCGUUAACUGUCCAGAGGGGACUUAUUUCAUGGGAUCUGUUGAUGCAUCUGGUAUGGUUCAAAGUGCACAAAUGCUAUUUGAAUUGCUUGAUAGCAAAAUUGAUGAGAUUGGUGAGGAUUAUGUCAUUCAAGUUGUGACUGACAAUGCUUCAAACUAUAAGUUGGCUGGUGGUCUGAAAGACUUUAAGAAUGUGAUAGGUAAGGCAAAAAAAAUAACCACCUUCAUCUACAGGCACACACGUCUUCUUGAUGCAAUGAGGAAAAGAACUGGACAAAAAGAUCUUGUGAGAGCUGCAGUUACUAGAUUUGCAACUACUUGUUUGACAUGUCAGAGCUUAGUUAGGCAUAAGGAUGCAUUGAAGCAUUUGUUUAUUUCUGAUGAGUGGAAGGGUUCUAAUUUGUCAAAGACAGAGGCUGGAAAGAAAGUGGAAGAAACGGUGUUUGUUGUACCAUUUUGGAACACUGUGGAGGAUUUUAUUAGAGCAUCGAAGCCACUUAUUGUUGUUUUGAGGAUUGUUGAUGGUGAUGAGAGGCCUGCAAUGCCUGAAGUUUAUGUUGCUAUGGAAGAGGCAAAAAAGAAAAUACGUGAACAUUUAGCACAUAAAGAACGGCUGUGGAAGAAAAUUAUAAGUAUCAUUGACAGGCGUUGGGAGUGUCAGAUGGAGCGUCCAUUGUAUGGAGCCGCACUAUUUCUUAAUCCCGGAAAAUUUUUCAUGUUCAAGGAAAAUGAAAAUGGCGAACUGAUUGCCAAUAUACACAUCUCAUUGGUUGAUGUCAUGACCAGAUUGGUAGUUGACCCUGCUAUACAAGACAAGAUAACUUUGCAAAUUGAUGAUUAUAGAUAUUCAAAGGGUUGUUUCGGGAGGGAUAUGGCGAUUAGACAACGGACAACCAUAAAUCCUAUUACUUGGUGGAGUACAAAUGGAGGUCGUGCUUUUGAGCUUUCAAAGCUUGCACGACGCAUACUAAGCCUUUGUUGCUCUUCUUCUAGUUGCGAGCGCAACUGGAGCACAUUUGAGUUUAUUCAUACCAAAAAGAGGAAUAGAUUGGAACAUUCUCGUUUGAAUGAUCUAGUCUAUGCUCAAUACAAUAGCCGCCUCCAUGAAAGUGAGUGGAUGGUUACCCAGUUAGAGGAAGAUUUAGUCCAUCCCAAUGAUGAUCUCACGUGGGAUGAUGUUGGUAGAGCAAUGGGGGCAUCGAUUGAAGCGCCCAUCCGACCAAGGAGAACUCAAGCAUCAACCUCUAGAGCCGAUGUGACAUAUUCACGCCGUGGACAUGCUAGAGGGAGAGGUAGCUCAAGGAUGGCUGAUGUUCAGGAUGACUCUGAGCUAGAUGAAGAUGGGGAAGAAGAGGAAGAUGAUGUGAAUGACGACGAGAAUGUCGUAGAUGACUAUGUUGGUGUCGAAGAGCCACGACAAGAAAAUCUGCCAAAUGCAGAUCUUUUAGAUGAAUAUGAUAAUUAA